UUUUCCCAGAAUGCACAUCUUCCUCCUCUUCGCCCUCCUCGUUGCUCCGGUAACAGCGGUUCCCGGUUGUCACGGCGACAGAGAUAAGGACCACCGGAGACAAGAAAACUGCACCGCGGCGGGAUUCACCGGAAUACCGGCGGAACUUGAACCAGCGACCAAGGUUCUGUUGUUUCCCCGGAACCUAUUCUCCAGCCUCUCCUGGUCCUCCUUCCAGAUCUUCACGGAGAUCUACGAGAUCGACCUCACUGGAAACAAGGUUCCAGAGUUGACCCCGAGCUCCGCUCCGAUCCUCCCCAGCCUCAGUGUCCUCCGGCUGGGGUCGAACCGCCUGACCUCCCUCCCUGAUGGAUCCUUCUCCGCCUGCCCGGCGCUGACUGAACUCUACCUGGAGGGCAACGCCGUGGUUUCUCUGAGCGACAACACCUUCUCCGGACUCAGCAAGCUGGAGGUCAGGCCGUCUGCUAGCAAGGGAGGAUGCAUGCUGAAGGAUGUAGAAGGAAGCUUGUUAGGAAGUUAGGAUCUACACCAUGAA